CCGAUUUUGAUUCGGUACUCGUAAGUCAUAACAGAUUUUCCUGUGAUAUUCCUCCAAAAUCCUCAUAGACACUUGUUAUACUGUCAAGGAACCUUUCUCUCAACACUCAAACAUGUUCUUCAACCAGUUUUGCUUCAGGCAAGACAUUGCUAAAUGACAUCGUUGGGGCUCUGUUUGAUUUUUUCUUCAUAUUUGGAAUCAAUUUAUUGGAGGAAGAGAAGAACUAAGGGGUUUCUUCAGAUGCUCAUUGCCUAGUGACUUUCUAUGGGGUCUCUUCCAAUUCUAGCUUGGCUUCCAUUCUCUAAACAGUUCUGUUAAGCAUGUUUAUACCAUAUCAAUGAUAUUUUAAUUGAAGAAGAAGAAUCUCUCGUCGAGAUAUGGGUGGUGGGGAGAAGGAGCAAAGAACAAUACCCUUGGAGAUUGCAAUUCAGAAGGAGCUGAUAUAUCGGAGGAAGGUCACUUCAUCCUCAAUUCAAACUCUCCAGCAAUCGCCAUUAUCAAGCCUUCUAAGUUCAAGUCCAUGCCUUUCAGGUACCAAGCGAAAAGAACUAGUCAAUCCACAUGAUCUGCCACUAGAAUGUCAGAACCCAGAUAAGUUAUACUGCAAAAUCUGCGAAUUGUCAUGCUCAAGUCCCUUCAAUCUAACACAACACUUGAUGGGUCGAAAGCACAAGUCAAAGCUAAAAGAGCAAGAUUCGGAACAUCAUCAGAAGAAAGGAAUGGAGGGGAGAAGGAAUCAAAUGAAAUGGUGUGACCUGUGUAAAGUUCCAUGCAUGACUGAAGACUUGCUCAAUCUGCACUUUAAGGGUAAAAAGCAUAGGGCUGAACUACAGAAGUUUGAAAUGAGCAAGGAAAAAGGUGGAGAGAUCCCUAGUCAGAGAAAAUGGUGUGAGCUAUGCAAAAUAUGGUGCAUUGAUAUGUCUGCUUUCAAGCAGCAUCUUGAAGGCAAAAAGCACCUGUUCCAAAUGCAUAUUAUGGAGAAGAAUAAGGAACGUCCUGAUAUGUUGCGGCCAAAUUCCAUUCGGUCCCACGCUGAUGAGAUGGUGAACGAGGCUAGAAAUAUGGACCAAGCACAAUAUGCUUUGCGGAGGAGUACCAGAGUACGGGAGAAGUCAUUUAAGUCCAGAGAUUAAUGAAUGUAUAGCUAUAUAUGCGUGCGUGGUUUGCUAUACUGAGAUGGGAGUGGAGAAUUUUGACGUCUUCUUGCCUGAAUCAUUUUCUCUCUUUACCCUGAUAUCCUCUCUUUUCUCGUCUGUGCAAUUGUCAUUCACUGUUUACUGUCGUUUAUUGUUGUUUCUAUAUGAUUUAGUUAUGUUCUGUGUCUCUGAUAUGUUGUGGGCUGUACUUGAUGCUCAAGACUUGGCUGUUACUCUGUGAUCAAGGAAAGGGAU